AAGCCUGUUUCAUUCAGCCAGUCUGUCUGACAUUCCACAGUGGAACGCCGCGUGUCCCGCGCAUUUUCUAAACGGUGUUUCAAAUAAAGUUGAUUUUUCGCAAUUCUGGCUAAAGAGCAUUAAGAUGCGGUGGGUGAUAUUCUGUGCGGCCCUGAUGCCGCUGGUCUUAUGCCAAGUGGCACAAGAGACCUGCCUUUCCGUCGAAGAGGAACCCUACCUGUUAUUCGGCACCAAGACUGCGUACGCGUUCUCGUCUUCAGGGACACCUAUUGGUGGAAAUCAUGUAGUUCCUGGUUGUCAACCGACGGCAAUAUGGUGGAUGAACCGCCAUGGCUCUCACAACCCUGAGGCUGACGAACUACCAGAGCUGCAGAAACUAGGCGACUUCAAGAAUAACAUUAUAACGAACUAUAGGAACGGCAACUUCAGAAAUACAAACCAACGCAUGUGUCAAUCGGACGUGAACCUGCUGGAGCGCUGGGAGUGGAACCCUCGACAGAACAUCACGUUCGCUGGCGACCUGACCAGCGAUGGCUACAUCUCCACACAGCAACUUGCACAGGCAUGGAAGAACAAGUUCCCAGGACUUUUUACCAACAAUAAGUACGACUAUUUGUUCAAAUAUGUAAACGACCCAAGAUCGAGCACAACAUUCCGAGCAUUUCUCGAGGGGCUGUUCAGAGAUCAAGCGGAAGCAUUCGAAGUAAACAAGGAAACAGACGAAAAGCUUUUGCGGCCGUAUCAAUCUUGUCCAGCUUGGACGAGAGAUGUGGAAGAAAACAACGAUACACUAUUUCAACUUCGGACCUUUGAAUCCAAACAGGAAUAUAAAGAGAUGAUGAGCAACAUUUCUCUCCGUCUCGGCUUCACUUAUGACAUCAAUAAGGAGCUGAUUCAGAACAUGUACGAAAUGUGCCGCUACAACAAGGCUUGGGACAUCACGCAAAUAUCGCCAUGGUGCACCGUAUUCACCAAGGAAGACCUUAAGCGGUUGGAGUAUGCUGAAGAUUUGGAAACUUACUACAAAUACGGAUAUGGAAAUCCGGUUAACCAGAAACUUGGGUGCACUGGAGUCAAAGAUAUGGUUGACUUCUUCAAGAUUCAUGUAGAUCAUGAUACCCCACAGCAACCGAAGGCAACAAUCCACUUCACGGAGGCCCCAAUGAUCCUGCUAACUCUAGCAGCCCUAACAGCGUUCCGCGACGCCGCUCCACUCACUGGAGACAACUACCACACCCAGACAGCUAACGAGCGCAAGUGGGCCACGUCCAACAUGUCGCCUUUCAAUGCUAACUUGGCUGCGGUACUCUACAAAUGUGUACCAAACAAUAACCUCAAAAUCCGCGAGCCCUACCAAGUGAUGUUCACGUCCAACGAGAGACCAGUCCACAUCGACGGAUGUAGUGUAGGUCUCUGCGACUGGAGUUUCGUUAAGACACGACUGGGUCUUAUAGCCGACAACUGCGAUUUGGAUUUCUGCAACAGCGCCCCACAAAUUAAUGGAUUUAUUGCUCUCUUUGUAGCUAUUACCGCUUUUGUGUAUAGUAUUCUGUAAACUUUUAAAAGUAUUUCAAAUCAUUAACAAAAUCAUGUCGUUACUGUCCUUAAAUGUUAACUUAAAAUUAUUCCAUUACCUACUCGCCGUAAAUAUACCAGAAAACAAGUUUUCAAAUUGUACUCAAUACUUAUAUUAAAUAAACUUCAACGUCACAUAUUGUUAUUAGAACAUGUCGAUACCUCAGUUACAAGUGUAACAAGUAUGAGAAAUUAUUCCAUAAACGAUACCCCAGAAUUACCAAAGAGAACACGUAGAUAAAUGAAAUCAGUUGUUACUUCCAAAAUAAUUUCAUGUCUACUUACAUUAUUUUCGUUUCAUACAUGAACAACUCUAAUUGUUUUUUGAGUUUUGUUUAAGAAACCUUUUUUGAAUUGUUACUCUUCGGAACUAAGGUAUCGAUGUAGGUACUAAAUCUAUAGUUUAAAGGCCCCAUUACCAAAGAUAAAUAAUGGUACCACCCUGUGUAUGAAAUAUAUUGUAGUUGAGAGCUGUUAUCUUAGUAGAACGCUAUUUUAUAAGUAGUUAUUACGUUUUUUUAUUUUAAGUUUAACUAUGUUUUACUAAAGCUUAUUAUGAAUUUUGAGCUUAUCGUGUAGGUACUUAAUAAUCAAAUCCAUAUCCGUGGAAUAGAAAGCUUUUGAUAUUGCAUGCUUAGAUAAUUAAUACGUCUAGAUAGUCUCCUGUUGCUAGACAACCGAUAAAAGCAGGCUAGGUUUAAUACUUUAGUGUGCGUGACAAGCUACGUCUUACACUCGAGAUUUGUAUGGCACUUUGUGCAAAUGUGUGUGUAUUAUUCAAGAUCGUAGAUAGAUGAUGAAUAUGUUCAUAAUAAAGGCUAAUUCUAAACUCAAUUUUUUCGACGUUUUUACAGCUUACAUAGUUUAUCUAGACGCAUAAAUGAUCUAAGAUAUCAUGUUACAAAUAAGGUUGAUUAAAAUUAAUUUUACUUACUUCAAUUUAAUGUAAUUAGUGUUACUUAAUCUAUGUGCUUUCAAUGAACACAUACCUAUGUAGAUUUUUUUAUUAUUGUUUGUUAGCCCAAAACUAUUAAAUACUUCAAUACUACCUAUAUUAAAAGUAAUAAGUAAUAUAUACAUAUAUCAUAUCCGUUAGCUGUUCAUAGUUUUAAUUAAUGUUAUAUCACAAGCUUACUGUUUAAAUAAAUAGUUGUUUAAAAUUAAUAA